UUCCUUCCAGCAUUUUCCACGCAGUCAGUCCCAGAGUCCGGUCACCGCCGCGGCGUCGCCUCACACCUCGAGUCCCCCUUCUCUGCGUCUCUCUCUCUCACUCGACAACAUGACAUCGGGCAUUGAAGUAACUGAGGAGGUCAUCACGGUGUUCAAUGAGAUGAAAGUGAGAAAAUCGUCAUGCAGUCAAGAGGAGAUGAGAAAGCGAAAGAAGGCCGUGUUCUUCCGCUUGAGCGAUGACCUCUCGCGGAUCGUACUGGAUCCGGAGAACGAGAUUGUACUCGGAGACAUCCUGGACGGGGUCGUGGUUAACCCCUUCGAAACUUUUACAAAAAUGCUCCCCCCCACAGACUGUCGCUACGCCCUCUACGACGCAAAGUACGAGACAAAAGAGACCAAGAAGGAAGAAUUGGUUUUUGUGAUGUGGGCUCCGGAAAAUGCGCCUCUUAAAAGCAAAAUGCUAUACGCCAGCUCCAAGGACGCAAUCAAGCGGAAGCUCACAGGGAUCAAGCACGAGUGGCAACUGAACAGCCUGGACGACAUCCUGGACCUGGAUAACUUGGCCGUGAAACUGGGCGGCAACAAGGUGGUGUCCGUGGAAGAAAUCAAAGUGAAAUAGUGCCAGCUGUGGGGGUGGGGGGGCUUCCAAUGUACAGUCCCGCGCGGGUGGUGGGUCCGGCUCCGACUCCCGACUCCCCCGCCUUCGCAAACUUGACCUCCCUUCAUUCUGACGCUACCAAAACGACUGACCCCUCCUCUCCCCUCGCGCCGAACUAACUCCACCGCCGCCACCCGCGGCCCCGACACCCAGAGGCGCUGCCGGAACCAUCCGCUGCCAAAUUGUGGUCCAAACGAAACAUUCCUUAGCCUAAGCUUCGGAGACGCUCGGGGCAUUGGGAGGGGGUUCGCGCACCACAGCUUAUAUAUUCCUUGUUGAAACAUUCCCCGUGGGGCGAGAGCGAGAGAGACGCGCGCACUAAUUCGGUUUAAUCACCCGCCUUUUCGAGGUCUCUUUCCCCCCCCACCCGCCCGCCCGCCCGCCCGCCAUGUUGUAGCCGACCCUUAGCGCCGCUUGCAAUCCAGCAAAGCCGCUGCGCGACGUCCCGAGGAUUUUUUUUUUUUAAAUUUGUUUCGUCUUUUUUUUCCCCCCCACUCAAAAUCCCGCCCCGCACCCACCGCGCGAGUUGUUUGAAAUAUUCCCGUUUAAACCGCUGCUCCCCCUUUAUUUACGCGCUCUUCCCCGGCCGGACGCAAGAGCAAACGGUAUGCGUUCGGGUGGGUGGGGGGGUGGGGGGGUUUGCCGUGGGUGUAAAUCCGCGUCGACCCCCGGGCUUUUCCCCCGCACACGCGCGCGCGUGAUCCAAACCAGUGGAAGCAUUCCCGAACCAUGACGAGGAGGCUUUUGACACCGGCCUUCUUCACGGGUGUAGGUAGAAACGUGACCAAAUCUUAUUUAGAGGUGGGGGUGUAGGGGGGGGGGGGGGGGGGUCCCUCCAUUUUAGCCACUAAAGACUCGUAGAUUCCAGGACGCCAUCUUGUACCAUGUCCUGCGUUAGAACCGGUCCACGUGUGGGGGGAGAGUUUCCCGUUCGCAAACACUUUUGAGAGUGUCGGACGCGCCGUUUAAACAAGGAAGGCGACGCCAUGACAGACCCUCACUCAGACCGCGUCCGGCGGAGAACGAAGUCGUUAAGCGACGUGCGGCGUGACGGACUGCCCGCCUUUACGGACACCGGAACGACGCCUCGCGGAGCAGUGAUAACGCAGGGAAUUAAUCAGGUGGGACAUUGGAGCCCUCGACAGAUACUAAUCACGGAAGCAACCGUUAACAAUCUUAAUAAACUUACGAUCGUAUUUC